AUGACUGAUAAUCUAAUUUGCUGUCUUGAAAUCAAUGCAAGUAACACAACUGUUAUAGGCAACCGUCAUAUUAGUCAUUUAAAGUAUAUGACAUUCAUACAGAUGAUUAUAAUUCAGUUCAUUCCCAUAUUGGCUCUUCUUAUUCAAACAUGGUUCUCACUCUAUCACAUUAUUCAAUAUCGUCACGAGGUUGUAAUAGCAACUGAUUUGGGAAGAGUUGCUUCACAUUUACAGUUAGAAAGAUGGGAAGUUCUCUUUUAUAUCUAUACAAACGGCAGCGUAUUAAAAUCAAACUUAACACAACGAUAUACGACAACUGAUGAGGCGAUCCAUAAUAUGACAACAUGGACGCAAAUUAUUUUGCCGACGUCAUCAAACGAUCAGGUAGGCGAAGUGAUGCUUGACAAAACAACCUUCCAAAUGAGAUUAAACAGUUUUCGCACUCAAAUACUUUCUGGAGAUAAAAAUAAGCACACAGUGUUUAAGGCAAUGUUGUGGUACAUGACUGUUAGCAAUGCCAUGCUCGAUCAUUUAACUUAUCAAAUUAAAGAUUCAGACAAAAGUGGUAUAUGGCGAUAUUUGAUUGACUAUAAAAAUCUCUUUCGAAGGAUCGAAAAUAUUGGUAUAGCUGCUGUUUAUGGUAUCAAUUAUUUUGGCCGAGGUCAUCUUAGUACUAAUGCAUAUGUCAAUUAUAUUAAAUAUGAUACUCUUGGCAGAGAUCUUUUAAAUACUUCGUUUACUUUUGUUCAAUCAUUGGAAAAAGAUUACAUAAAUGUUACAAAUUUCCCUGAAUAUGAAAGCAUCAAGAAUCGAAGCAAAAUAAUUUCUUCUAACCGGAAAAUCAACCCAAGCAUUGGAGAUGCAAUAAAAUAUUACGAAACAAUGACAUUCUACAUCGAACGUCUACAAAAUAUUCUUUCAAAUUUAAGAAAAAGAAUUAAAGAAAAAGUUUGUUCAUUGUUGAAAGAAGCAAGAGAUAAAGAAGCAAUUGGUUUCGCAAUUCUUGUCUCGGUUCCAACAAUAAUUAUAAUUUUUCUGCGAAAUACUAUCGCCAGUAUUCAGAUAAAUUCAGUGAAUCUCGUUCAGAAAGCGAGGGAACUUAAAUUGGAACAAAAGAAAAGUGACACACUUUUAUUUCAAAUGCUUCCUAGGAGUGUUGCCAUUAGGCUGAAGGAAACGCGCACGGUACCAGCCGAAUUUUUCGAGUCUGCUACUAUUUACUUUUCAGACAUCGUUGGUUUUACUGAGAUUGCAUCGACUUGUUCACCACUAGAAGUUUGUUCGUUUCUCAAUUCAAUUUAUAAAUUGUUUGAUGAACGAAUUGAAUGCUAUGAUGUGUAUAAAGUGGAAACUUGUGGUGAUGCUUAUAUGGUGGCAAGUGGCUUACCUGAAAGAAGCUACAGCAAGAAACACGUUUCAGAAAUAGCAACAAUGGCUUUAGACUUCUUAGAUGCGUCAAGAUAUUUCGAAAUUCCUCAUUCACAUAAUGAAAAGCUUCAGAUUCGUAUCGGUAUUCAUACUGGAAGUGUGGGAGCGGGUAUCAUAGGGACAAAAAUGCCACGUUAUUGCUUGUUCGGCGAUACAGUAAAUGUAGCAAGCAGGAUGGAAUCUACAGGGGAAGCUUCAAAAAUUCAUAUCACCUCUGAAGUGAAUGAUGAACUCCAAGUUAUUGGUGGUUUCACAACUGAAGCUCGUGGAUUAAUUAACGUUAAAGGGAAAGGAUUAAUGGAAACGUAUUGGCUGAUAAGGAAAAAAGAAAAUCUAAUCAUUGAAGAUGUUACGUAA